AUGACAAAUUAUAACCGACUCAGCUUUAUCGUGGAAUACUUUGAUCCACACGCCUCCGUCACGCGCACGUACCAGCUUCUUUAUUAUUUGGAUGAUAGUACCAUAGAGAUGCAUGACCUUAAGACACGACGCCUUUUUUUAAAGCGUUGUGCAUACCCCUCUCUUACAUUAAAUGAGCUUUUUCUAGGGGCUAUCGUAAAUGUCUUUUCACGACCUUUAAAAGUAAUUGAUUUUGGUGAUGAGGCUACGCGGAGGCAGUUGGGUGCCAACUCUGAGACUGUCAUGAUAAUCAUAUGCGAGAACAAUUUCUCGAACUCUGGAAAUAUGGUGAGUUCAUUUAUCGACGUAAAGCUACGUAUCACCAAUAUCCGAAUGGUAGAUCUCCCACAGGGUCUUGCGGAGAGGUCUAACUCAAGUCAACGGGUCAUUCUCUCAGUUUUGAAUGCACCUCAAGCACUUGAGAAGACGAAAGGGAUAUGCAAGCAGUACCCUCAGGGUGUUUUCAUAGUGGAGAAUGACGAAUUGUUCGCUGCUUUGGAGGGACUGGUACGUGGCCCAGGGCCAACUACUGCUUGUUUGACGAACUGUGCAGUUUGUGUAAUUAAGCCGCAUGCCAUCACAAGUGGUCAUCAAGGACGCAUCUUACAACGACUUUAUGAUGAGGGUUUUACUAUUUCUGCCCUGGGUAUGUACAUGCUUACCACAGCCGACUCUGAGGAUUUCCUUGAAGUGUACAACGGAGUAAUGCCCGAGUAUAGGAAAAUGGUUGAGCAGCUCUCCAGUGGCCCGGUUUGGGCUAUUGAAGUUCGUGCUGAAAAUGCCGUUGCUGCACUACGUGCAGUGUGUGGGCCUCAUGAUCCGGAUGUGGGGCACUUAUUGUUUCCUCACACAAUUCGUGCCCAAUACGGCACGAGUCGAAUACAGAACGCUGUCCACUGUACAGACUUGGAAGAAGAUGGGCCACUGGAAUCGGAGUUUUUCUUCUCUCUCUUGCAAAACAAACCGUAG